GAAAGAAGAGGAAGCUUUGUUUAGUAAGCUGUAAAAAAGCAGUCAUGAAGACUAUAGUAAUUUUAACUGUGAAUAUUUUAUAUUUCUAUACUGUAUAUACCUUACAAUGUUUAGAUUCCACAGGAAAACCUGUAGAUUGGUUUAUUAUAUAUAAAAUACCCAAAAUAAGGAAGAGUAAAAAUUCAUUGGUAAAAGAAGGUUAUGGAUUUUAUUAUAUGGAUGUCAAUACUCCAAAGUUUGAACUAUCUCAAUAUGGUAUAGACACUACUAAACAUGCCUUAUACUAUACAUUACAACAGAUAUAUGGUGCCAAGCCAUCAUCAAUAUUAUAUGGGAUGUACAAUGACCAAACACCCAAUAAAAAGAUCCAUGAAGCUAAUGGCCAUUCUAAAGGAGUGGUAGCGUUUGAUGAUCAACAAGGUUAUUGGUUAGUUCACAGUACCCCCCAUUUUCCACCGUAUAUACAUGAUGGUUACAGCUGGCCAGAAAGUGCUAGAGUGUAUGGUCAGAUCUUUCUCUGUGUUACUUAUGAUAGUUAUCCUAAUAUAGACCAGAUUGGUACCCAGUUUUUGUAUAAUUACCCUGAUUUUUAUAACUACUCCAUACCUAUUAAGAUGAGGAAGAAAUACCCAAAUAUGUAUUCCGCCCUGUCUGGUAAAAAAGAGAAAUUUCCACAUCAUAGCAGUAUUAUCAAUUUAAUAUCAUCUUACAGUACAACAUUUACUAGCUUUGCUAAGGAUAAAAAAUUUGGGCAAGAUCUAUACCAUGAUCUAGUAGCACCAUUUUAUAAAUCUGAUAUGAGAACAGAAACCUGGGAGAAUGGGAAGGGUCAAAUGGGCUCUAACUGUAGUCAAUAUAAGGUAUUGAAUGUAGCAUUAGUGGGUAUGACUGAUGUCAUCCAGUUUGAAGAUACCAAAGACCAUAGUAAAUGGGGUAUUACUGAUUCAGGAUAUGUGUGUAUUGGAGAUAUCAACAGAGAGUCAUCUCAGUUUCGAAGAAAUGGUGGAACAGUAUGUUUUAAUAACCAUAAUGUUUGGAAAACCUUCAACUCUUUAAUAUUACAUGUUGAGAAUUGUAAUUCCUUUCCAUAGUUUUUAUGAUAUUGUAUCAAGAUCAGAUCCUGAGUACAGAUUGACAGGCCUGUCUUCCAUUCUGCCCCUUAUAAACAUGACUGAAAUCAAACUACUUACUUCUGGUAUUGAUUUUACAAUGUCAGUAAUUUGUAUAUAUUUAUAUAUAGAUCUUGUAUUUUUAUAUUUCACUUUAAACAUUCCUUUUUAUUGUUUUAUGCUUUACAUUUUGCUCAAUAAAAUAUUUUGAUAUUA